CGCUCUCCUCUUCUGCCUGACCUGCUCGGUGAAUCGGUGGGAGACUAGUCUGGUCUUUUCUCCGGUUUGUUGCCGUUACCUCCCGCGGCUGCUUUUAAACGUGGUUAAGUAAAGAAACGGGGAGGAAUUGCUUUCUACUAAAAUAUCUGCAGGACAAAUAAACACCGAGCUCCGGACUGAGGAUGUCCACCGCCUUGGAAAGUUACAUCAACCGCACUGUGGCCAUUGUCACGUCAGACGGCAGGAUGAUUGUGGGAACGCUGAAGGGCUUCGAUCAGACCAUUAAUCUGAUCCUGGACGAGAGUCAUGAGCGAGUUUUCAGCUCCACUCAGGGGGUGGAGCAGGUGGUGCUGGGACUCUACAUUGUCAGAGGAGACAACGUAGCCGUCAUCGGAGAGAUCGAUGAGGAGACGGACUCCACCCUGGAUCUGGGAAACAUCAGAGCCGAGCCGCUCAACUCCGUGGUCCACUGACCUUUAAGCGUCUCCGUACCAAUCUCUGCUGUGAUCACUGUUGUCACAGCAGGACUCAGUUUGCUAAUGAAUAAUGACUUUAUCCUCUUGUGUACCUCUGUUUGUGUGUAAGAUUUUAUAAAUAAAGAUAAUUGAACUGUU